AUAUUCAGAGAGAGCAAGAUAAAGUGAAACGGUCUAUAAAAGACACAGCAAAGAAAGGCAACCGGGAGGCAUGUGUUAUACUAGCCAAGGAGGUGGUGCAGUCCAAACGGGCAGUAAAUAAGUUAUAUGCUUCAAAGGCACACAUGAACUCUGUCCUCAUGAGCAUGAAGAACCAGCUGGCUGUGCUCAGGGUGUCCGGGUCCUUACAGAAGAGUACUGAGGUCAUGAAAGCCAUGCAGAAUCUAGUGAAGAUUCCAGAGAUCCAAGCCACAAUGAGGGAACUCUCUAAGGAAAUGAUGAAGGCUGGCAUUAUAGAAGAAAUGUUAGAAGACACAUUUGAAGGAAUGGAAGACCAGGAUGAAAUGGAAGAAGAGGCAGAGAUGGAAAUCGAUAAGAUCCUUUUCGAAAUCACAGCAGGUGCCUUGGGCAAAGCUCCCAGCAAAGUCACAGAUGCCUUACCGGAGGCCGACAUGGAGGGAGCCACAGCUGCCGCUGUAUCUGAUGAAGAGGAGGAGGACUUGGAAGCCAUGCAGUCACGGCUCGCUGCUCUCCGGAGCUAAUGACACACUGUACAGACUCUGAUCUUAUUUUACUUGUACCUUUCUUUUGUGAAAGCAUUUUGGGUUAUAUACAUAUAUAUAUAUAAAUACUAUAUUAAUCUA